UUUUUUUUCAAUAAACACAACAGUUGAUAAACAAAACUCUUGCAACAGCAACGUGUUUGGUAAUUAAAAUUCCAGCAUUAAAUUUAAAAGCUGUUACCACCAACCAACCAACCACCCUUGCUCCAACUCUCUUAAAAAAAAGACUUCCCCCCUUUUCACAAUUUUAAAUUAUUCAUUUGUGCUUUUAACGCAUAUUAAUGGCUGAUAUUUCAGCCCUUACAGCGGCAGCAGCAACAACUGUUUAUCCUUCAUUAACAACGUCAGCCAACGAUUAUUUACAUCGCUCCACCAUUGAUCAAUUACGUUCGAUGAAUGAACGUGGCGUUCUCUCGUCGCUGAGUCAUUUGACCACAGCCGAUUUACGAACCGCACAAUUAGUGCACGAAUACAAUAAACCGUUUAAUAUCAAUGAGUUUCGUCAGAAUGUUGAGCGUUUGGAUUAUUCGUUGAAGAACGGUUUGGUGGGUGUUAAUUUGCAGCAGCAACAACAACAGCAACAAUUGGUUGUUGAACAUCAACAGCAGCAGCAGCAACAACAACAGCAGGCCCACGAUCAACAACAGCAACAUCAUCAGCAACAGCAGCAACAACAACAGCAACUGAAACAAUCCUAUAGUCCACCAAAUUCACCGCAAACACCGAAUAUGGCGGAACAACCCGAACAGAAGUACGAUCCGAAUGCCAGUGUUGAACAUCAUCAUCAGCAGCAAAAAUCCCAUCGUUCACAUCAUCAUACCUCGCCGGAUGGACGUGAAACUAAACCCUAUAAAUGCACUCAAUGCACAAAAUCGUUCGCCAAUUCAUCGUACCUCUCCCAGCAUACACGCAUUCACUUGGGCAUCAAACCGUACCGCUGCGAAAUAUGCCAACGUAAAUUCACCCAAUUGUCACAUCUGCAACAGCACAUACGCACGCAUACGGGCGAUAAACCGUACAAGUGUCGUCAUGCCGGUUGUCCGAAGGCCUUCUCACAACUCUCCAAUCUACAGUCGCAUUCGCGGUGCCAUCAAACGGACAAACCGUUCAAAUGUAAUUCUUGCUACAAAUGCUUUACCGACGAGAUGACUCUGCUCGAGCACAUACCAAAACACAAAGAUUCGAAACACUUGAAGACACACAUUUGCAAUUUGUGUGGCAAAUCGUAUACACAGGAAACAUAUCUGGAGAAACACUUGCAGAAACAUGCCGAAAAGGCGGAAAAACAACAGCAAAGACAUGCCAAUCUCAAUGUACAGCAUCAUGUGCCGGCCGGCGGUAUAGGUUUAAGUUUGCAGCGUCAAGUGGUAAUGAAUGCGGCCGCCGUGGCUGGCGAUGCCAAUGCAGCCUAUUGGGCUAAAGUGGGGGCAGAUGGUGCCGUUAAUGCUGCCACCUUGGCGGAAGCCAUACAACAGCAACAGGCCCAAGCGCAGGCGCAACAACAGCAAAAUGGCUAUAACUUCACCACACUACAACAUCAACAGCAACAACAGGAAUUGUUGCAGCAUCAUCAACGUCUGGUGAAUGGUACCGCUAAUGGUGGUGGUGAUAGUGCGGCCAGCGGUAAUACGCCCAAUCACUCACAGAGUCCCAAUGAACAGGGUGAAGAUUUAGUGAUACGCCAGACAUCACAGCAGCAUCAUCAACAACAGCAGCAGCAACAACAGCAACAGCAGCAACAACAACAGCAGCAGCAACAUUCGCCCAAUAAUAUGGUGGUUGUGAAUUCAUCUGCCUAUGAUGUCAAGACAACAUCAGCUUUUACGCCCAUUCCCACUGCACCGACCCAUUUGCAAGCGGCCGCCUUGGCCCAACAGAGAGCACCUCCCGCUGCGGCGGCCUACAUUUAUCAGCAGAAUGCCGCGGCAGCUGCGGGCUUCCCUACACAACUAAUAUCGCUACAUCAAAUACGUAACUAUGCCCAUCAACCGGGAGCAGCCGCAGCAGCUGGUCUGCUGGCCGGUGAUCAUCUAUUGGGUCUAAGUGUGACUGCCGGUGCGGGCAAGGACAAAACACAAUAGUAUCAUGCGAAGCAGGAGGAUAAUACAACAACAACAACAGUUACUAAUGUAACUAAAACAACCACAGCAACAACUACUACUACCAAUAAAAAGCACAAAUCG